UGUGGAAGUAAUUUGCUGAAGUCUGAAAGGAAAUAAAAAUUGCAGACUGAUCAGCAAAUGUAGUAGGCUUGGCAUUUCUGAAAGUACAAAGUUACCAGCCUUGUUCUGAACUGCUCAACACGAGCAGCAGUGGCUCAGAGUUGAGUGUGGGUACAGGUUUGCCGUUGUUGCUGCAAUGCUGACAGGCAGCAUCUGUUGCUUACUGUCCUUUGGUCUGUGUUACCAAGUUCUGGAGUUUUCCUUUGUAUAGGGAAUGUGGUGUUGAUUAAAACCACUUUGGGUUGAAGCUGAAGAUGGGUCUCAUUUGGGAAUGAGACUGUCCAGGGACUCUUUUUUGUCCCUCCCUGCGAAACUCUGAAAUCUUAAGAUUAGUUCUAAAGGCGAAUUGUGUUUGAGCUGAGGAAACAGCUGUGCACACCUGAUCCUGUUGAUCCUGGCUCUGGUGUGUUUAGAAAGCUUUAAUGCAGCACCCCUGCAGUAACACAGCAUUUAAAGGCAGAUGAGCAGGAGGAAAGCUGAAUUGCUGCAAAUACACCUGUAUAUUUUACUUUUUAUUUUGUAUUUAUCUCAGAUAGGCUGACAGUCAAGUGACAAGGUCUGUGUGGUGGCCAGCUGGUAUUAUCUUAAGAACCAGUGAACUUAAACAGAACCCUAAAAAUACAGGCCCUGUCUUGCAAACACUUUGGAAUUCAGCAACAGUAAUGAAGUAACUGGAUAGACUCUUGCAUCACUAAAGCUGCAUAUAUAGGGAGUGGGAAAUAAAUGAAGGAAUGUAUCUGUGUUACUGAGAGCUGGCAAAGAUCUGUGUAGCAGCAUCUGUUUUAUAGUUGUUUGUGCAGUAGAGACUCAAACAGCUUGGAGGCCUUUUAUUUUCAGGCACCAGGGUCAUUUUGUCUCACUUUUUUUUGAGAAUGAGUUAGAAACAUAUUUUAAGUCUUUGAGGAUGUAAAUCCUAGUGUUCAAACUUAAUUUUUCUUCCUCUUUUUUUCUCAAGGUACUGCAACUGCUUUAUGCAGAACUUUGAGUUGGAGCACUCAUUCUUGAAGAUUUCUCAUUGCUUUUCUGCAACUCUGAAAGCAGAAAAUGUUUGUUCUUUAAUUGUUAAAUUCUUAUAAUUGUUUAUCAUCAAAGUGUAAAUCAAAUACUGCUCAUAACUCUGGGCUGAAUUGGCUUUAAUGAAAUUUCAACAGAUGAUAGUCAAUUAAUGAGAUGUUGAGAACAGUAAGUUUUGAUUUCAAAGUUGGUACUUUAAUAUUGACCUCUAGUAUAGGUGUCUAAAAUAUUUGUUCUCUCAAGGGCUUGGAUGAACUGCAAGGACAAAUUCUCCUCUUAAGCCAGUUGUGCAAUAGAAACUUCUAUGAGUGUGUAUAGACUUGGAUCAAUAGUCUUGAAAUACAAUUUUUUCUUUCUGUGUAAACUAGAGACUGUAAUAAGAAUUAAUCAUUGUCUUCCUUUAUCCAUCCAGAUGUUUGCUCAGCUGUUGUGGAAAGCUUCUUCACUUCAGCAGAUGCUGUGAUAAAUGACCUGUGAAACGGAUGUGAUACUUUUUUUUUUCUUUCUUUCUUUCUCUUUAUUCAUUUGUUAUGAGGAAAUUAUGUUAAAAAAUCCCAAAACCCACAACCCCCCCAGAAUCAGCCCAACACAGAAUUAUUUUUGGUUUGAAUAUAAGGCCAAGCAAACAAACCUGAGUAUGAAAAACUGAUACCAUGAGAAGACUCCUAAUUCCCCAGCAUCCCUUCUUUUGGGGUGUUUGCAGCUUGCAUACAGAGGGUUGCACUAAGAAGCUGAAUUGCUUUAUUUAGUUUGCUCUGAGCACAGAGGGCUGUCUCUUACAGUUGUCCACAGCAAAUCAGGUGGCUCAGAGGCUGUUUAAUGUUGCUGUUGCACUGGCUGGAACACGAAGGUCACAUGAUUCCAUGACAUGUGUGUGUGUGUAUAUAUGUGAGAUGCCUGGGGACUCUGCUCAGACUGCGCUGAACUUCCCUCUUCAGAGCCACUCAUCAUUUCAGAGAAGUCACCUGCCACCAUGAUGCCUGGGGGCUUAUCUGACACCAAGCCAGCUACACCAGAAGUUCAGCAGCUUGUUAACCAGGUGAAGUCACAGUUUGAAAGCCGGGCAAACACGAACUGUGCUGCCUUUACAGCCAUAGUAUAUAAGACUCAAGUGGUUGCUGGGACAAUGUACUUUAUUAAGGUCCAAGUUUCCAAUGCCGAAUAUGUCCACCUAAAGGUGUUUCAGAGUCUUCCUCAAGAGAACCAAGGUCCCAGCCUUGUCAGUUUUCAGACUGGCAAAACCAGAGAUGACCCUCUGACCUACUUCUAAGACCUGAUGAGGUGCAGUGCCUCACCUCUGCAAAUCCUAUGGGGGCUCUGGCUUUGAUAGUAAAUAAAAUAAAUUUGGAAAGCUACUGUCUAUAUUUUCCUUUUGCUGCUGACAUACCUGCAGAGGUCUUUCUUGUUAUCUUUCAUGUCUGUC